AUGGACAGCUUGGUCUGUCUGAGGAUUGGCUUAAUAAAAAGUGAUUGACAACGAAAGUGUAGUAUCUGAUUGGCUGCAGUCGAAAAUGAUUGACACAUGCUCCGCCCUUUAGCCACGCCCACUGGUGCUCCGGCCUGCAGCAUUACCCUUCUUGUUUGGGGCGGCAGAGCGGGCUGAUCAGGAUCCUUCACUUUAACACCGACAGCCGCAUUAAAUACGGGAUUAAUACACCUUUAAUAUACCCUUAAUACAGCGUUAAUACACCUUUAAUACAGCCACAUCCCAGUUUACCAAGUGGAGCGGUUAUACUGAGUGUAUUGAGUCAGCAGCGGGUCUGUGACGCGGAUGAAGGUCCCAGCAGAGUCUGUGGCCCGUGACUUCAAAUAUAUUUCUCCUUCUGGCCCCCAACAAAAAAAGUUUGGACACCCCUGGUCUUGGUGCUUGGCUUUGGCUUGGUGUAAUUGAUUGAAAUCUCAGUUCUGUGGUUUGGAUGGGAUGGCGGGGGUGUUCGACAUUGACCUGGAGUCGGAGGACGUAAGCGAUCCAGAGGAUGAAGUUUAUAACUUUACAGUGGCAGAAUCGGAGCCUUUAGAGACUGAGGAGGUGGAGCUAACCAGUGAGGUCGUGAACCGAGACAGCGAGAGAGUGGGACCAGACUGCUUUGAGUUACUCACAGUGUUGGGGAAAGGAGGCUAUGGCAAGGUCUUUCAGGUUCGAAAAGUGCAAGGAAGUCAGAUGGGUAAAAUAUUUGCCAUGAAAGUUCUGAGAAAGGCAAAAAUAGUGCGUAAUGCUAAAGACACGGCGCACACUCGGGCGGAGCGAGAGAUUUUGGAAACCGUUCGUCAUCCCUUCAUCGUGGACUUGUGGUAUGCCUUCCAGACAGGUGGCAAACUCUACCUCAUUCUGGAGUGUCUGAGUGGUGGCGAGCUGUUUAUGCAACUGGAAAAGGAGGGAAUCUUCAUGGAAGACACGGCCUGUUUUUAUCUGGCUGAGAUAACGUUAGCACUGGGACACCUCCACUCCAAUGGGAUCAUCUACAGAGACCUGAAGCCAGAGAACAUCAUGCUCAAUCAUGAAGGCCACAUUAAGCUCACAGACUUCGGCCUGUGCAAAGAAUCCAUCCACGACGGCACCGUCACACACACGUUCUGCGGCACCAUCGAGUACAUGGCUCCAGAGAUUCUGAACCGUUCAGGACACAACAGAGCAGUGGACUGGUGGAGUCUGGGAGCUCUGAUGUUUGACAUGAUGACCGGCUCGCCUCCAUUUACAGGAGAAAACAGAAAAAAGACCAUCGAUAAAAUCCUUAAGUGUAAAAUCUGCCUUCCCCCGUACCUCACACCUGAUGCUAGGGACUUAAUCAAAAAGCUUUUAAAGAAGAACCCAUCCCAAAGACUGGGCUCUGGUAAAGGUGACUGUGCAGAUAUACAGAAGCAUCCCUUUUUCCGGCACAUCAACUGGGAUGACCUGCUGCAUAAGCGAGUGGAGCCGCCAUACAGGCCUUCGCUGCAGUCAGAUGAGGACGUCAGUCAGUUCGACAGUCGUUUCACCAGACAGACUCCAGUGGACAGUCCUGACGAUACCACCCUGAGCGGCAGUGCUGACCAUGCUUUCGCUGGCUUCACUUAUGUGGCUCCCUCAGUGCUGGAGAGUCUGAAAGAGGGAUUCUCGGUUGAGCCACGCCCACGUCCUGUCCGCAGACUCAACAGCAGCCCACGCACACCAAUCAGCCCUCUGAAGUUUUCUCUGGUUGAGCCUUUCAAGAGCAGUAUUGACAAAGAGGAGAAGCCGCCUGUUCAGACCCCGCCCCGUCCUAUUGAGAACUGUGCCACACAGCCAAUCAGAACGCCGGGACGGAACAAGAAACAAAAAGGCCAUCGCGGCAAAUGAAACCAUGAAAUCAGUCAUUUUCUGUGACCGGUGAUAAUCAAAAGGGAAAAUUGUGUACAUGCAUUGCCACUUAGUGUCUCUUUAUCUCUCUCUCUCUCUCUCUCUUCCUCCCUCUCUUUCUCUCUCUCUCUUUCAAUCUCACGUCAAAGAACCAUUGCUGCCGCCAAAACCAAAGCAUCACAUGCUAGCACGACAUGCUAAUGGAAAAAGUAACCGCACUGAAUGUGAUGAUGGUUGGUUGAAUGCUGUUGUAUUGUGCUGUAAACUGACUGCAGUUCAUUUCUCUCUGAUCUGAUCUGAUCUGAUCUGAUCUGAUCUGAUCUUAUUGCGUUUUCUACUGUUCUCUUCAUUAUGAGGUAAAAAUGGACAAUUCCUAACAGAUCACCGUAUUUUUACUCAUGGAAACGUCAUACCUCUCAGCUCCAGUGUUCUCAGACUCAUCUGAUCUCGCGUUUCUAUCCGGAAACAUUUCAGCUAUUUUUCAUCUUGUGUAAAACUGAAGACCCCUAGCUAUUUUGUCUAUAAACAUAAGAGACUUCUAUAUUACUACUAAAAUCAAAUUCUAAUGUA